CUUUGUGCUGAUAUCGCCUCUUCUAGUCUUAUUUAUAUACAAAUGGCUUUCAAUCGUCAUUGUUAGCAAGGCGACUUGUCCUCUUUGUCUACAUAGUCUUGUUAAGCGCUAUGGUCCAGAAGCAGCUUCACUAUCUUAAUGUAGCCUUCAGCUGCAGGCCAGAAAAGUGUUGCCAGAAGAGCACGAACAGCCUCUGGAUGCCCCUCCGAUGCCGCAAUCCACAGCGGAGUCACGCCCCAGAUAUCUUUGCUAUCAACGGGAACGCCUUGAUUGGCAAGACGAACAACUACCUUGGCGUCACUAUUACUAGCAGCAGCGCAGAGGCGUGCAAUAAGUAUCUAAUGUGGCGCUACAACCUUAGUACCAGCCCAUUCGUCGAAAAGACAAAGAAGUGA